ACGAACAUUUUCAGCUUUGUUUAAAUAAACAAUUUCAUUCAUUUAAGAAGUAUAGAGUGCCAAAACUGAGCGCUUUAGAUUUCACCUGCAUAAGAGUUUGUUCUUGAAAUUGCAACAACGCUGGGGCGAGUGAGCUGGAGAAAAAUUUAUACCGUGAGCUAGUAAGAAAAAACAAAUUGAUUUGCAGUGAAAAUAUAAAAAACUGAUUAAAGUGGCACGCACAGAAUUGUCUCAGUGUGUCAAAAACAAAACAAAUGAAGUAAAAUUGUGAUAAUUAGAAACAAUUCUGGAACGCAAAAGUCUGACUAAUAAGAAGGUAAAAAGUUUUCCAUUGGGGAAAAUUCGAAUAUCUACGUCUAAAAUCAAAAGAUUGGAGAAAAAAUUGAAUUGAUAGUUUGAAAGUAGUUAACGGCAAGCUGUUAGUGGUUUAAAUUGAAAUCAAUCCAAAUUUUAUUUAAACAAAAUGGAUUUUAAUUUUGCCGAUUUAAAGAAGGAAGCAGCUGCUACGGCAGAGGAUGUGUUUUCUCAUACUGCAGAUGCAGCUAAGCAAGCAACAAAUGCAACAUAUGAUUUGUUAAGUGGAGGCGGUGGACGUGCUUCGACGGGCGCACAAGAUGAUAACUCACACACAGAACACUACUUCGCCAACGAGCAAAAGGACAUUGAUUUUGAACAUGUUGACCCUCAAGCAUUCGUACAGCGUAUGUCUGCCGGUGCAAAGGAAGCGCAGGAGCAGUUAGAUGCCAAGUUCGCACAACACACUAACGAUUUUGAUGAUUUUCUGACCAAUGCAUCCAAGGAUUUACACUCCUUUGGAUCACAACUGCAGCAAGAUACGAAGCAGGGCGUACACGAUUUUAUGAACGCUGAACGUGGGUUAUUUAGUGGUGCCGGUGACAUAAACAAACAAACCGUUGAGGUAUCAGCACCUACAACAGUUCCGGUUAUACCAAACAAACCUGCUGAACAUGCUGUUAAUGAAGCUGAUUUGCUAAAUUUCAGUGUCGGCGAUGCGGCUGAAAAACAUGCUCCAUUGCAACCAUUCGAAGAAGAUUUUGAGACACACUUUGCACCAACUGCACCAGCAGCUCCUGCAUCAACAACUACAACGCUAUAUGAUGAUGAUCUUGUAAUUGGAAAACCUUCGAAUUCUGCAUCGGCUUCCAACAAAGAUUCAGAUACGGAUUCGCCUUCUUUGUCAUGCAAUCCGUCGCCGGCAAAGAAGAAUCCAGUAACUGCUGCAUUAAAAGAACAGGAUAAUGACAAAUUUAUAUCUUCUGAAGAUUUGCUUGGUGAUUUCAAAGACGAGCGUACUUCAACGCCAGACUUUCAAGUUAAACCAGAAAUGACUAAACCGGCAAUUGAAGUUAAAACCACACCCGUCUCAGUGCCUGUCACUGAUUUAGACGCGGAAGAGGAAGCCACAUCACUAUUUUCUCAACCCAAACACUCACAAGUCGAGGAAAUUAAAGAAACUGGCAACACUAGUACAUUUUCAGCAACUUUACCCGUAGCAAGUGCUACAGCUGCAGCUGCACCUAAGCCAGCCGCAGUUAGUGAGAACAUCGCUGCUAAGCCGCUCGCUCCGACAACAAGCAACAAAGAUACAACUGAAGUAGUCAAACCUAAAACAGCGCCGCCAGUUCCUCCAAAGGAGAACAAACCAUCCCAUCAACAGUUGGAUCAACCAAAGAUUGUCUCCGUCGAAGAAAUAUUCUACAAAUAUGGAUUGGAUGCCUGGUUCAAGCCGGAACGCUUACAUCCACGUGUGGAAUCCCUGAUCUACUGGCGAGAUGUUAAGAAAUCUGGCAUUACCUUCGGUGCUGGUCUUGUCACCCUGCUCGCCAUCUCAUGCUUCUCCGUCAUUAGCGUUUUCGCCUACCUGUCAUUGCUAACAUUAGCUGGUACAGUGGCGUUCAGGAUUUACAAAUCUGUUUUGCAGGCCAUACAGAAGACACCAGAGGGACAUCCCUUCAAAGAAUACCUCGACAUCGAUUUGACUCUGUCGCAAGAGAAGGUCCAAAAUAUUGCCGGCGUCGCUGUUGCACAUGUGAAUGGUUUCGUUGCUGAAUUGCGACGACUUUUCCUCGUGGAAGAUUUGGUUGACUCAAUUAAAUUCGGUGUUAUUCUGUGGGUUUUGACUUACAUUGGCGGUUGGUUCAACGGCAUGACUCUGGUCAUCUUAGCCUUCGUUUCUCUCUUCACCUUGCCAAAGGUGUACGAAAACAACAAACAAUCAAUCGACACAUACUUGGAUUUGGUACGAAGCAAAUUGACAGAAAUCACAGACAAAAUUAAGGCCGCCAUUCCAAUUGGCAAGAAACCAAUUGCUGCUGAAUCAGACAAGGACAAGUAAAGCGCAUAAAUUUGCGAAAUAUUAGCAGCAGCAAUUUUAAUAUUGUCAAUGCAAUUACUAAAACUUAAGAAGCAACAACUUAAGAACUUUAAAUAGAUGGCGGCGCAUACACACACACUCACACAAUAUAUACAUACAGCAAAACAACAAUAAGAACUCAUUAUGAAAAUUCUACAAGCAAGCAGAGAAGAUGUGUGAACGCCGACAAAGUAGAGAAUAAUUAAAAUUAAUGCAUUCACAGUCUAUAA